AUGGAGCGGAUAGCAAAUAAUGUAGAGUCAAUAAAGUCUAUGAAGAUCAGAGACACUCUAACUCAAUUCAUCACUCUUGGGAUAAUAGCGUCAACAGUUUUAAUAAUAUGGAAAGUCUUAAUGUGUUUAACUGGUAGUGAAUCUCCUGUUGUCGUUGUUCUUUCUGGGAGUAUGGAACCUGGUUUCAAACGAGGUGAUAUUCUGUUCUUGCAUAUGAGCAAGGCCCCAGUUCGAAUUGGAGAGAUUGUUGUGUACAGUGUAGAAGGACGCCCGGUUCCAAUUGUCCAUCGAGUAAUUGAGGUUCACGAAGAGGAAAAUAAUGGAAAUGUUGACAUCCUUACAAAAGGAGACGCCAAUCCUUUGGAUGACAGGAGCUUCUAUGCUAAUAGUCAGCAUUGGUUGAAGUCACAACAAAUUAUUGGGAGAGAUGUUGCGUUUGUGCCUUAUGCUGGUUGGGCAACAAUCAUCAUGACAGAAAAACCUAUUAUUAAGUACAUGUUUAUAGGCGUUCUAGGUCUGCUGGUCAUAACCUCGAAGGAUUAAGUAAUCGAGUUUUCAGUACAUGGAUGAUACAAUACAAGCUCCCCCCUCCGAAACGGUGGCAAAGAAAUUUAGAUUUUUCGAAUACCCACAGAAUUUUGUAAGAUUUGAGGGCUACAUAUCUUGUCCUGUGAACUGCGGAUUAGGUUGAUGGAACAUAUUUGCUGUGUUAAAAAUCCGUUGCGCGUUGCCAUACCUCUGAAAAAAUUCUUCAGAUCAAUUUCUAUCAUGAUCUAAGCUUGUAUC